UUACAGGAUUGCCUGAGACACCGUUUUCUCCGAGCGUCUUACCACUCAUACCUAUCUAACAUCAAUUGAAUUUUUUUCAGCACCAUGCCGCCCACUGGAGAAACAGAGGAGCAGCCGAACGCCACCAUGGAGACGAAAGUCACCGGACAAGGCCAGCCAAAGCGUGUGGGACGCUGGACACUCGCUCAACUCAGGCAAACAGACGGUAUAAUACCAAGCCAAGCAGGAUGGAACAAGGGAGAUUCGCAGAAACUUAUGACCAACUUUGGUACGCCACGAAACACAUCCACCCGUGUCAAAGCCGAAAAUCUGCAGGAAAUUCCCGAAGAAAUUGCCCAGCGAACACACGGUGAGGUACGUCUGCAGUCCGGUACAAACAAAUUCAGUUCGCAACGCGGUAUGACUGGUUUUGGUACUGGACGUGAUGUAUGCCGAGAGGGUAAACACGUGAACACCAAUCCAUCCGAUUUGUCGGAGCUUCCCGAGGAGAAGAUACGUCUUUCUGAUGGUAUUGUACGUCUACAAGCUGGUACUAACAAAUAUGAUUCGCAGAGGGGUAUGACCGGCUUUGGUACUAAUCGUCGUGAAACGACAAAGAUGCUAGAUACUAAGCAUCCAGAAUACGAUCAUGAGCGACCAGACCAGUCUGAAAUUCCUCUUCAGUCGGGUACAAAUAAAUUUGCGUCGCAGAAGGGAAUGACUGGAUUUGGUACAUCUCGUCGUGAAACGACAAAAAUGGUUGAUAGCAAUCAUCCCGAAUACGACCACGAAGCCUCAAUCGAUCAGACGACUAUCCCCAGCCAAAUGGGAUCGAACAAGUACGCUUCACAGAAGGGUAUGACUGGUUUUGGACAGCCACGUUGGGAGGUGCUCGACCCUUCAAUCUCGUGGCAAAACCGCAAGUCUCAAGGUAUGGUGCGUCUGCAGUCUGGUACCAACAGAUUUGCUUCGCAGCAGGGUAUGACUGGAUUCGGCACGGUAAGAAAUACUACCUAUGAGGCCGAAGGUGGUGAGCUUCCAUACGAGGCCAUGAAGAUUUCUGAGACAAUUAUUCCCAGCCAAGCUGGUUGGAACAAAGGAGACUCUCAGAAGAAAAUGACAUCGUUCGGUGCUCCUCGUGAUGUCAAGGGGAAACAUCUAAAAAGAAUCUGGGAACUUGAAUAUCCCGAAGAAGCUGAGGUAUCCCUCGAUCGUCUGUGAAUGUUUCAAGCCGUUCUUGUGGCUAAGUCUGCCAAAAUACACAUACUUUUUCUCAUUUACACACAUGUGCCCUCUCUCCCCACGCAAUCAGUAACAAGAAAGCAAGCCUGCACCAUCACUCCCACGCGACGACCGAAUGUGCCUCGAUUCUAUCAAAUGUUCUGUGCAUAACCCAGUGUUUUGUUUUGUCACUGUCUGUCUCGCUCAUCAAAGCGCAUUUUUCCAUCUGGUCAAUUUCAAUAGUUCCGAUCUGUUGAGAAAUGCGAAUUCCUCUCCUAAAUACAAUUAAACGGUUUCAACAUGUAUGAAUUAAGGAAUGCGAUUGAUGCUGAUGAUGAGCAAAUGAUAACCACUUUGAAGGCAGUUUCCGGACAAGAAGUUGAUUUUAUGAUUUUGUGCUC